CCCGGCGAGGCGCGAGGGCGCUGCGCGGUCCACCACUCUGAUUUUACGCGCAAGCGUUGAUUUAUCUGUCUGUUAACACGGUCGAACAUGCGCGCGCCGUGCUGUGCGCGAGGUCUACAUGACGUGAGAAGAGCAGGAUAUUCCUCCAGGACAGUUUGAGGGUUACUUCUGCACCUGAAUGCGACCAGAGAGUGAGAACUCGACGGGAAAGAUCGCGCAGGUGUUCAGCAGCCCGAACCUCGCGAAGAAUGCAACUUCUCACCUGCUCAUAAGGUACUGCUGGCUUAUGAAUGGGACUGUGCUGUGGCCACCGCUGCUUUCUGCGCUUCAGUCAGGACUAUGUGCUGCCCAUGUGCCACUCUGAAUGCACUGGCCAGCUGUUUGCGAGAGCAGGGAGGGUGGGGCGGCCCACCGGGGUCGAGGCGGAAACAGGGCGAUGCCCCCUUCGUUCCGGAUCGCGGUGCUGGGAGCUCAGGGGGUGGGCAAGACGGCCAUUGUGAAGCGCUUUCUUCACAAUGACUAUAGUGAUGUGGCAGUGUCCAGUAAGACACGGCGGGUGCAUCUCUCUGCCGCAGUGCUCAAUGGUCAUGUGCAUGACCUUCAGAUCACAGAUUAUCCAGCCAUCAGCAGCUUUCCUGGCAGCUCUCUGCAGGAAUGGUCAGAUGUUUGCUGUCGAGGCAUUCGGAGCGCUCAUGUCUACAUUCUGGUUUAUGACAUCUGCUGUUUCGACAGCUUCGAGUAUGUCAAGACCAUGCGGCAGCAGAUCUUAGAGACCAGAGUCACGGGCACUGGGGAGACGCCCAUUCUAAUAGUCGGCAACAAGCGUGAUCUGCAGCGAGGUCGAGUCAUUCCCAGACACAGCGUAUCUGACUUAGUCCGAAAAAGCUGGAAGUGUGGAUAUGUGGAGUGCUCUGCCAAGUUCAACUGGCACGUUUUACUGUUGUUCGGAGAGGCUCUCCGCAGCAUGGGUUGUGCCCGCUGCAAGCACGUCCAUGCCACCAUCCGUUUCCAGCGGGCGCUCAGGAGAGAGCGAUGCGUCCUAAUGUGAGGACUUCUGCAAUGGCCAUUGUAAAGCGAUUUAUGGGAUCUGUCUGGCGAUGGACGCUCAUUAUUGUUUGGACAGCUGGAAGAGCUGUGAUAACCCUCUUGCCAAGGAACUUAACAUUUGGGAUUUUAACUAUGGACAGACAGAUGUGGUCUUAAAACAGGAAGUCCCUGUUGCUUCAUUACCUAAGCCUUCAAAUUGAUGUCUCUCCUUUUGGACUGAGAGAAAACAACUAACAUCUCUGCCUUCUAUCUUAGAAAUCCAAACUGCCAAAAAGCUGGUGGAAGGCGAAAAUCAAAAUCAGCAAAAAUCAGCUUUAAUAUUACAUUAAUAAUACACUUCCUGUCAUUGCUUACAUUCCGGCCAGGACAGAACAUAGGACGCUCCUUUAUACUAAUGAGUAGGGUUAGGUAUCAUUUAAAUUUUAGCGAUUCCAAUUCUGAUUCUGCUUAUAGAUUCAGAUUCCCAGUUUCGAUCCCAAUAUGGUAAAAAAACAUUUAGAUAUCAAACAUAUUUAUUCUGUCUUUUUGCAAAACAUUCUGUCGCAGCUGAAUAACAUGAACAAAAAUCAGCAACCUAAAGAGCAACUAACUAAUAAACUAGACUAAUAUACAUUUUUUUUUAAAUUAAUGAAGACAAGUAUACAGCCAGUAAUACAAUAACAAUAAGCAAGUUAGUAAUAGCUCAAAUAAAUACAACUGAUUACAUGUAGAAUAACACUGCAUAGUUUUCUUUUUAUAAAUGAAAUGAAGAGUUCAUUUGCAAAAACAGAUAACUCAAUUUUUAUUAAUUCUCACAAAUCAUGUUUUUUAUUGUGCAUUCCAAGUAAUAUCAAUCAAACUGCAGUUGGGCUGUUUUGAUUAAGUAAUAACAAUUUUAUAAAAAAAAAAAUACAGGUAACUUACAAAAUUAAAGUUCAUUGAAAGUAUGUUUUUUUUAAUAUGUUAAAAGUUUGGUUUUUUUAGCAAAAGCAGAUAACUCCAAUAGUCGUUUUUUGGCAAAAGCAGAUAACUCCACAUUUCAUGUUUCAGAGUUAAACAAAACCAAGUAAUUGCAUUUAAAACACACUCAAACACACGUGUGCACACAAACACACACACACCAACAGAUCGGCACACAUACACACACACAAACGCAAAAGGACAACCAAGGGCUCAGCAUGUAAGACGUGUAUGAUGUACAAGGACUUGCAGGAGUCAAAUUAUAAAUCCUCGAUCGCUUUUAGUCAGCUUUGAUGAAACUCCCUUCAGCGCUCCUUUUUGAAGUGACUAGAAGCCUUGUCACCUGACCUGAAUACUGCACGCUGAUUUGCUAAAACUGACUUAUCGGUUUCUGUUGUAAAACGUGAACUCGCGAUGCCUUGACAGUGGACAAAACGCAUUUAGGGUUCAGAACGUGCUAUAUGUGGAGAGUAAUGCACAGCAGUCAGCAGUCAAAUUUUUUUUUUUUUUUAAAGUGGCAUUUAUCGGUUUUUGCAAAUGAACUCUUCAAAUAUAGAUUAAUCCUUAUUAAAAUUACAAAAGUUAUUCAGUGAAGAUCAGUGAGUGAUUUUCAUUUUUUGUUCUUUGAUUAACAGUAAUGACACAGACAGCAGCAGGUUUAUUAGGCUGCUGUCACUUUAAGAGUUAAUGCACGGAUCCAAUAUACUGUUACACAUGAAUUUUUUUCUCAACUGUUUACGUUCACUAAAAACAUAACUGACUGUCUUUACAAGGAUAUUUUGACAUAAUUUUGUGUGUAUUUGUCCGUUCAAGUGCAAGAAGAUGCAAAAGAGAACUCAAUUCAGUAUUCGCACACUAUAUGAGGCGGCUUUUUUGUGCGCUUGCUCUCGAUGUGCACAUUACAGAAAACAGCGUGCGAGUGUCGAAUUGGGUUCUCUUUCGCGUCUUCUUGUGCUUGAAUGGUUUAAAACCACAUUAAAAUGCACACACAGGAAUCUAUAAGCGGAAUCAAAAUGUUAAUUUUAUAACAAGUAUCUGAUUCCUGACCUUAAGUAUCCGAUUCCAGAAUUGGAGUCGGUUUUCGAUUCCCAACCCUACUUAUGAGCUAAAGGAUCUUCCAGUACCUGCAAGCAGAAGUGUUUCCCAGCUCAGGUGCCGUAUGCUGGCACUUAUUCUGCAAUAUGCCACACAACACAUAUUAUACAAAAGUAUUUGUUCUAUGGAUACUUCCGUGUUUUUAAAGGGAUAGUUCACCCAAAAAUGGCAUCAUUUACUCACCUCUAUGUUGUUCCAAACCUGAUUGUCUUUCAUUUGUGGAACACAAAAGAGAAAUUUUAAUAAUGUGGUGGUCGCUCUUUUCCAUGCAGUUACAUUGAAUGGUUACUGAAGCUUUCAAGCUUCAAAAUGGAUGCAAAAACACCAUGAAAGAAUUAUAAAAUGGCCCAUAUGGCUCUGAAACCAUGUGAUAGCUUUUAAAAGGAACGUAGAGAAAUUUACCAAUAAUCUUCCCCUGCAGCGAGUUGGAAAAGCUGUGAUAACCCUCUUGAUGGAUAACUGCUGCAACCGAAUGGAGUCAAAUUUAGAUGAACUCAAACCAAAUCACUUGGAUUUGGAUUUUAGACCAGUUUUGUGAAUCUGAAAAGAUUCAUUAAAAAAGAUCAAACAAUGGUUCAUUCAUUCAUCGGAUAUUGCUACUUUUCCCUCAUGUUGAAACAAAUAGAGCUCGGGCGGAUGUGAAGUUUUUUAGUGAAUAACAGCUAGAAUGUCUAUCUGUUUGUCAUACAAAGACAUCUUAAGGCUUCAUAAGACUUAUUAUGCAUAUUCUGGAAUAUAGUGCAGAACAGUGUUAUUUUUGUAUUAAUUAUUUUCAUCUAAUAUUCAUAUUUUAUUUAUUUUAGCUUGUUAAUAGUUUUUUCUUUGGUGCAGAAGUUGUGUAUUUCAUCAUGAAGCACAAUAUCUCCAUUCAUUGUAAUUGCAUGAAAAAGCGUGACUAGUAAAUUAUUAAACGUUCUUCUUUUGAAAGCCACAAGGAUGAGUAAAUAGUGUCAGAUCUUGAACUAUCCCUUUAAAGUAUGUCUUGAUACUCCGUCUUAUCCCAAAAAUGUAAUUUAUGCCGAGGUAUGAGAAUUUGUCCCACUUUGAAGUGCUGUAGACACAUUAAAUCAAGUCACAAGGGGAAGAGGAAAAUAUCAUUUAAAUGUAAAUGUGUUAUAAAUGUAUGAUCUUACAUUGUGGAAUCCACUUUGUCAUACAGAGUCUUGGACGAUGUUUGUGUGAGGUAAGUAAAAGACUAAAAAUA